CAAAAGGUUUUGUCAUAAAUAGUCAUGAGCCUGUUAGAAUUCCGAUGAAUAAUCAAUAAUAGCAAUUCUCAAUGUCAGCUAUAAAGAGAACAACCACUCAGACAGUUCUAAUCAAAUAGAAGCAAUAAUCAGCCCAAAUUCUACUUCAACAGUUCAAGAGAUGAAGAAAUUGACAAAGUAAGCGAAAAUCUUAGGAUGAAAACAAAGGCUUUUCUCCGGAGUUCUCUUGCACUCGAGGAGCUCGGGUUCGCGAGGGCGCAGGCACAAGAGGCCAACAAGCAGGUGGAUGAUUUGAAGAAGGCAUUGGAGGCUAAGCAAGAGGAAAGUCGCAAGAUGGCGCAAGACUCCGAGGCUCUGAAGAAGAGGCACUCGGAGGAGAUCAUCCAUGCCGUCCGCAACUACAAGAGGUCCGAGGGCUUUCGCCGUGACUUGAAGGCCUACGCUGAUGAGCAUUUGGAGACCAUGGUGACUACUUGGCUUGCCACGGGCCCCGGCCAGGCGAGGCUAGCAGAGGAGGGGGUGUUCUCUUAUAACCUGGGUUAUUACACCGCGCAGCGCGAUGUCUAUGAGGUUCUUCGUUAG